UCAAUUAUUGAGCCAUACUGGGGCCUUCUUGCCUUUUUCUUCUUGUCUUCACAGAAACCAUUAUUGAGGAGCACAUGGGGCUGUUGUUAAAGUAGUAAUUAUUGAGCAGUGGAGCCGUUGUUCACAUUUAUCUGUUGAUUUCUAAGUGGACUCUUGACUUUACAUAACUAGCCAAGUCUUCCUUCUUCACAGCCACUUUAAUCCCAUAUCUCAAACUACUCUCUAUCAGCUAAGCUUGCUACGUUUUCUUUCAUCCAACAAGAACAAAUGGCCGAUGCAAUCCUGUAUGGCGUUGUACAGAAGAUCAUUGAAAGCUUGGGCUCCUCCACUCUCAAACAGAUUGGAUCGAUCUGGGGUGUCAAAGAUGAUCUCGAAAAAAUGAACAACACUGUUCUCGCUAUUCAAGCUGUACUUGAAGAUGCAGAGGAGCAACAGGUCCAGAACCACCAAGACGGGCUCUGGCUCACGAAGCUCAGAGAAGUAGUUUUUGAUGCCGAUGACUUGCUGAGCGACUUCUCCACUCAUGUGUUUCGGCGUAAGGUGAUGGGUGGUGAUAAAAUGGCAAAGAAGGUAUGUAUUUUCUUUUCUAGCUCAAAUCAACCUGCUUUUCGUUUUAAGAUGGCUCGCAAAAUAAAGGCUAUGAGGGAGAGGCUUAAUGAUAUAGCAAAGGAUAGGAACAGUUUCCAGUUGGUAGAGCGUCCUUUAGGGACAGCAGUUGUGACUAGGGAGAGGGAAACAAAGGUUGUGAUGCGGGAGAGGGAAACUCACUCGUUUGUACGUACAGAAGAAGUUAUCGGGAGAGAGAAGGAUAAGAAGGCCAUCAUAGGUCUAUUGCAAGACUUUGAUGUGAAAAAUAAUGUUUCCUUUAUAUCCAUAGUGGGAAUUGGAGGGCUAGGGAAGACCACACUUGCUCAGUAUAUAUACAAUGAUCAGAUGGUCAAUGCUCAUUUUGAAUUGAAAAUAUGGGUGUGUGUCUCUGAUGUCUUUGAUGUGAAAACCAUUGUUAAAAAUAUGAUUACAUCUGCAACUAAAAAAGAACCUAAAAGCCAGCUAAUGGAACAAUUGCAAGAUGAACUUCGCGAAAUUCUUUAUCAAAAGAUAUAUAUACUUGUGUUGGAUGAUGUGUGGAAUGAGAUCAAAGGAAAAUGGGAUGAUUUGAAGACACUUUUGUUGGAUGGAAAAAGGGGAAGUAAGGUGGUGAUUACUACACGGACCAAAUUGGUUGCAGAUAUUACUAGCCCAUUCUCACAAUAUUUUCUAGGAGGCCUGUCAGAUGAUCAAUCUUGGGCUUUGUUGAAGCAAGUGGCAUUCGAAGAAGGGAAAGAGACCAUCGAUAAUGACUUUGAAGCAAUUGGUAUGGAUAUAGUAAAAAAAUGUCAAGGAGUGCCUCUCGCUAUAAAGAUGAUAGGAAGUGUCUUAUUCUUCAAAAAAUCAGUAGAUGGCUGGUUAAAUGUAAAGAAUAAUGAACUCACAAAUGUAACUGGUAUUUUACCAGUUUUAAAAUUAAGUUAUGAUCAUCUCCCGUCACAUCUAAAGUAUUGCUUUGCCUAUUGCUCAUUGUUUCCCAAAGAUUAUCUGAUUGAUAAGUUGACAUUGAUACAAUUAUGGAUAGCACAAGGGUUUAUCCAAUCACCAGAGGAGAACCUUCAAUUGGAGGAUGUUGCCAAUGAGUACUUCACGGAGCUACUCUGGAGAUCCUUCUUCCAGGAAGCAAAUGAAGAUGAAGGCAAAAAUAGGAGGUUUAAAAUGCAUGAUUUAAUCCAUGAUCUUGCACAAUCAGUAUCAAGGAUUGAAUGUGCACUGGUUGAUUCUAAUGCAAAAAAUGUCAAUGAAAGAACUCGCCAUCUAUCAUUUCCAGUUUAUAACGUUUCAUUCUUUGGAAAGAAUUUAAGCACAUUGAUUAAAGCAAAUAAGAUACGAACAUUUUUUUUGGGAUACUAUCAUCAUUUUUGGGUGUAUAAUAAGGGAAUGGUGGAAGAUUCAACUCUCAAAACACUUAUUUCUAGUUUUAGAUAUUUGCGUGCGUUAGACUUGCAUGGUUUUAAAAUGAAGAUGUUGCCAAAUAUCAUAGGUACUUUGAUGCAUCUAAAGUACCUUGAUCUUUCCUCUAAUGAUAUUGAGGUCCUCCCUAGUUGUAUUACUAAACUGGUGAAUUUGCAAACAUUAAAGCUCUGUCAGUGUGGAAAGCUUAGGGAGUUACCGGUAGAUAUUCAAAAAUUGGUCAGCCUCAAGCACCUUCACAUAGAUGGUUGUGAGAAUUUGACUCAUAUGCCAUGUGGAUUAGGGCAAAUGACUUCUCUUCAGACAUUAACCUUAUUUGUUGUGAGUAAGGGUUCUGUAGGUUCUUUCAAGCAUUGCGGUGGGCUAGCGGAAUUAAACAAGCUAAAUGACUUGAGAGGAAAAUUAGAGAUUAAAAAUUUGGCAUGGGUGAAAGAUGCUUCCUCAGAAUUCAAAGCAGCAAAUUUGAAGGAGAAGCAGCAUCUCAGUGAGUUGGAAUUAAGCUGGAAUUUGGAGGGUGAUGAUGCCGUAGAUACCUGUGAUGAUGAAAAUUCCAUGGAUGGCCUCCAACCACAUCAAAGUUUAAAAUCUUUGAACGUGAACGGGUACAUGGGUGUGAGAGUUUCUAGUUGGCUUUCAAUCUUAACAAAUCUCGUUGAAUUAAGAAUAUGGAAUUGUAACAAGUGCCAAUAUUUGCCACCGUUGUAUCAACUCCCAACUCUCCGAGUAUUAGAAAUUCUGGAUAUGAAUGGUCUGGAGUACAUGACAGACGGGGAUAUGAAUGAUGAGAUAUCUGCUUCAACAUUUUUCCCAUCCCUUGAGACACUCGAUCUCGGUAGUUGCCCAAAUCUAAAGGGAUGGUGGAGGAGUGUGGAUAAGGGGAAUGAGGCAACAACGACAUCAACAAUAUCAUCAUCAUCAUCAUCAUCAACUAAUCACUAUCACCAACACAUGCCGUACUUUCCGCGUCUUUCUUUCUUUUAUUUCCAGGAUUGCCCUAUGAUGACUUGCAUGCCGCUAUUUCCAAAUCUUGAAAAAAUGCUUCAAUUGAGGAAUAGCAGUUUGAAGCCGUUGGAAGAGACAAUAGAGAUGAAUAAUACGGGAGGAAGGGCUUCUUCAUUUCCGUCCUCUUCCUCUUCCUCUUCCUCCUCCUUCUCCCCUCCUCUCUCCAAAUUAAAGCAAUUGAAUUUGGAUGAAAUUCAGGAGUUGGAGUCUCUGCCAGAGGAGUGGUUUAAAAACCUAACUUCUCUUGAGAGUUUAGUGCUUUCGCAUUGUCCCAAUCUGACGUCACUUCCCGAAGGGAUGAGUCACCUCACCUCUUUACAGAGCCUGAGUAUUGAUGGCAGUCCCCAAUUAAAGCAAAGAUGCGAGAAGGAAAAUGGAGAGGAUUGGGAUAAGAUUUCUCACAUCCCAAAUCUUAGAAUCGAAGAUUGAAAAGUUGAACUACUGCAUACGCUUCCCUGGUAGAACAUGACAUGGAUUUCGAAGGGGCAGAAAGGAGGGAAGAAGAAAGUGGAUAUUUUGAAGUGCAAAGCAAAUUUUUGAAAGGGUGCCAGCAGGAAACAGGGGACGAUUACUAAAAACUUCUCACAUCCUAGCAAUCAUCUAUACAAUCCAUUUUCAUGUGGCUAUAUGGGGGAUCACGUGGCGUCGGUGCUUAACAGACCAGCCAAAUGAUGCAAGUCUACCAUUGCAUUGCAAAAGGCCCGCCUGCAACACUUACAGAUGUGGGGCUUUGCUCUGCUGCUAUUGGAUAAAGACUUUGAUGGUUUUAGUAGCACUGGUUACUGGUUAGCAUUCAUGGUCCUAACAAUAUUGGCUUGAAUUUAGGAACAGCAUUUGUGAAUAUUCUACUUGUUGCAAAUUUGUAUAGAGAGACUGUGUGAAGGUUUGAGAAGAGUGUGAUUUCCAUGUGCAAUGGUGCAGAAACAUUCUGAAACUGGUUUCGUCAUAGGCGUUGAAUUUGACAAACAAGACAGCAACAUCAGGCUGUGUUGAGUUAUAUAUUGGAAACCAGUUGUGUUGAGCUUGUGGUUUGGAUGGGCUUCUGCACUUCAUUUUGUUGCUUCUGUGAAUUUUUCUACUUCAACUGAGGUUAUUAAGCUCUUGCUUGAUGCUUCUGCACUUCAUUUGUCUUGUUGCAUACUGUUGACUAUGUAUAGUAAAACUUGUUCAUUUUAUUCUAGCUGUUUCUUUGCUUUAUAGUAGUAAUUGUAUUCAAGUAAUAUUGUGUAAUGGAACAUGUAUUUGGAGUCGAUGUUGAUUUCUAUAAUCAUGCAUUUUGGACAUGCAUAAUUGGAGUGUAAUAAGAGAAGCAAGGGUGGAUGCAUUUCUAUAAUCAUGCAUUUUGGAUAUGUAUAUGGGAUGGAUGUUAAUGAAUUCCUUCUUUUGUUUUAUUAAAAAAGAAUCUCUUGCCCUCUUCCUCAUAAGAUAAGAGAAGCUGCAACAUAAAGAGGUGGUGGAAGAGGAGCAUGAAGUUUGCUACUACAACAAUUGUGGCUAACAAGGGAGGUCAUACAUUAGUUCCACCAUGCAUGUAAUGGUAACUUGGGGUUAGAGAUAGAUUUAUUUUUGACAUUCAUUAGUUUAAUUUCUGUUGGAUUAAUAAAAGAACAUAUGACAUCUUAUGUAUCACGUACUCAUCUAUAGUAUUUUUAUUUUUUUUGUAAUUUUUUUGCUGGUAAUGUUUUGGACAUUUUAUGUGCAAUUUGGAUUUGCAAAAACAGUUUGAAGCCCAAAGCAAACAUUUGAAAGGGUACCAGAAGGAAGUAGGGGACGAUUGCCAAAAAUUGCUCACAUCUUGGAGUUUGGAGGGGAUGAACUUGCCAAUGAGGUAAUUCCAUCUUUAUAGAAAACUUGCACUUAAAUAUGGUGGAGCUUCUGCUAUGGAUUUAGUGUUCAAAAAAAAAAAAAAAAAUCCAAAGAAAUAUAACAUCACCAGUGAACAUUCUGUCCUUCAUGAAGCUGCAAACAUGCGUGAAUGCUAUAAGUGACUGGGAGUUCCUUGCUAUGCUUUCAAGUGCAAGAUAUGCACAUUUUAUUACGGACCUGUAAGCUUGAAUUUCAUUUUUUUUACUUUUAUUUUUAUCAAAUGAUGAUCAUGAAAUGCAUUCAUUUCUUUC